UUCAAAUUAAUAAGCAUAUCGGGUAUUUAGCGGGUGGUUAUUUGAGAAUAAUUCGCCUAAGGAACUAGCAAUGUAUGCAUAUCACAUAUCAUACCCUUAUACGUGAGGUUUGAGCCCUUUAUACAUUAUAGAUUCACAUUCACAUGUUUCUUUGUUUGAGUGGGCCAUUAGUCGCGUAUUGUAGAACUUGCAACUUUUGAUACAUUUGAGACUAUAGACCGAAUACAAGCACGAGAAUGAUUAAGGCAUUAGGUAAACCUUUUCCGUUUAAACCAUUUAUCUAUCCUUACCCAAACAAGUCCCCUAGUCGCCCAAUUUGAGCCUAAACCUUUCAAUUGACAACCCACUUAGCCCAUAACCAUCAGCCUUUUCUUUUUAAACCCGUGUGAUGAAAAUUCGAUUAUAGGAACUCAAGUUGUAUAGUUGUGAUUCAUUUGUAUUAUUAAAAAAAAAAUCAGAAAAUGUUGCGAAAAAGAAUGAAAAAGCAUUGAGAAAAACACAAAAAGAUGUGCUAGUAGUUUGUUGAAUAAAAGGCGAAAGUUUUUGCCCAUAGUGGAUGUUUAUAGUUUGCUUUUGUUUAGGAUAGUAUUUUGUAAUAAAAGGUCGAAUUUUCAUCACUUUAGCCACUUCAAUAAAAUAUCCUCUUCCCUACCCUGCGCCUAGCCCCGUUACAACCCCUCAAAGACCUUUUGACUUGUGCUUAGUAUUUGUGUUCGAUAGUGGAGAAUGAUUGAGUUGCAAGCCUAUACGGGUACGUGUUCUAAGCGGUUUUGAGCGAGUAAUUGUUGAAAUGCUAAUACAUUAUACAUAUUAGCAAAAAUUUUUAAGCCGAGUGGAGAGCACAUUGUGAGGGAUAUGCAUAAGUUGUUAGUUUUACGGGCGGGUUAAUCUUGGGUAACCAUUUGUGUAUCUAAAGCACGUCACCAUUAAAUACAUUGAAUAUUGUAAAGAGUUUGAACUUUAGCAUGACAUUAGACCUUAACCUUUGUCUCGGGAAUGGGAUGUAUAUUCAUUGUUUGACCCACGUGAAAGUGAAAAACAGAUUUGCUUGAGGGCAAGCAAAAGACAAGUGUGGGGAUGUGAUACGUGGUUGAAAACCGGUGCUUGUUAUUGUUUAACUUAACGUUUUUACGUAAGUUUUAGUUUCGAAUAGCCUACUUUUAAUCAAGAAUGUGUUUUGCAGGUUUGAUGGAGUUUAAGGAGCUUUUCGGGAGCUUUACGGGUCACCGAGUCGAAAACCGGAGCACCGGGAUGCGUUACGGAUCAACCGGAAGUGCAAGGAGCGAAAAAUCCCCCAUCCCCACACUUGAGGCACGUAUUUGGCAUUUUCUUCCUUCGGAAUCUAUACCAAAGGACACAAACGAUGCAACAAAUUGUUGAUGUUAAACCCUAUCAGGUGCCCAUUCCACUACACAUAAGAGUCAUCAAGAAGUGGAAAACGCAGACGAUGGAUUAUCUAAAAUCACAAACAACAGAUCAAGAUUUGUGCUACCUUUUUGUAGACAAACAUGGAGCUGCAAUAGAGGCAACUGCCAAUCCAAAGAAAGAAACUUAUUUUGAUUCUAAGUUGAAAAUCGGCUCAUGCUACAAGGUAGGUGAAUACAUUUCAACCAAAUCUCGAGAAUACAUGAAGGUCGUCCCACACGAUGCAUCUCUGAGGCUUGGCACCAUGACAACUUUUGAACCGCUUCACGACAACAGCAUACCGACUUACUACUACAAUUUUGCAACUUAUGAUAUGCUUGCAAGUCGAAAGGCACAUCCAAGACCAUUAACAGAUUACAUAGGACGUGUAGAAACAGUAUCUCCUCCGUUAAGAAGGGCAUGCAAGAAUAUCAUCAAGGUUAAAAUCCAAGAUGAAUGGAAGAAUGUGAUUGAGAUUACUUUCUGGAUGCAAACGAUGUUCCCGUAUGAAAAAGAAAAAGCAGUGGGCCAGCUGCUCGCGGUUACUGCAACCAUCGUAACAACAUUCCAAGACAAUCUCCAAUUAGAAUCCACUGAUGCAACCACGGCAGUUCUAAACCCACCCAUUCCAGAAUUACAAAGCUACAUUUACAAAUUUAGCAAACUGGAAAGAUCCGAAACAGUUGGACAAAGGAAACCAGUACUUCCGAUAGCCGAAAUCAAAGCCAAGUACAGGCAAGAUACAACGCGAACCAAGUUUACAUGCAAGGCAACAGUGACAGAAAUCACUGCAGAUCGUAAAUGGUUUUAUGUUACAUGUCCAAAAUGCAAAGGCAAAGUCCACUUGCAAAGGGCUGAAAUUCCCCGCUUUGUAUGCGAAGACGAUGGCCAUGUUCCUAACCCAACUUUCAUGUAUUGUGUUAACACAACUAUAGAAGAUGAAAGUGACGAAGCAAAGGCUGUUUUCUUCAACGAAGCAAUGGAACAAAUGCUGGAAAAAUCUUGCUACGACAUGGUAGUGGAGGAUGGACACACAGAUCCAGAAACAACACUUGCUGAUAUUUAUAAGAUUAGAGGAAAAACUGCAGUUCUGGACAUCUCAAUGAAACAAGAUAAUUCAAUGGCCGUAAACAAAGUCGAAGUACCACCGGCCAUAAUCCCAUCAACCCCGGAUCCUAAAACAGCAACUACGAAAAGAAGCGCACCGGAUUCACCAGGAAUCGCAAACGCAACCACUUGUAAUCUCAAGACUUCGUCAAUUCCACUCUCGGUUUUCGUGGUACUCUACGCAAAACUAAAGCUGUUUGCUGAUUGUUCGGAAAGUUUGUUGGUGAUAAAAUUCAAAAGAUUUCAAAAUCUAUGAAUUUUGGAAGGUGCUGAAAAUCAGGGAUUGCGCGUCAAAAUUUUAUCUCAUAAUCUGUUUUGCAGGUCUCGACUCGCAAUCACGUGGUCUCAACUUGUCCUCUUCAAGAUUCCGACUCGCAACUACAACGGUCUCGACUCAACAGUUCAUCUGUGGCUUCAAGUCUUCAAGGUCUCGACUCGCAACCUACUUGGUCUCGAGUUGUAGCUUUUUAACUCGAAACAAAGGUCUCGACUUGCAACCUGGAAGUUGGUCUACUCUCAACCUUGGUCUCGACUUAGGCUUUUGUGAUUGAUAUUUGCUGAUCUUGACUCGCAACAACAGAUCUCGACUCAAGGAUUCACUACUCGAAACCUUGGUCUCGACUCGCAACGACGGUGUUCAACGUGUUUUGACAAUUUGACAUUUUAGACUUUAAAAUUUAAUUAAAAAUGUCUAAUCAAACAAUUGACUUAAAAUUGAACAAACAUCAGGAAAUGGACUCUAUCAUAGGGACUAUCACUAGGUUUCCCAGACUGUUAAGUGGUGAUGAUUUUCCCGAAUGGAAAUGAAGAUUUGAACAACACGUAAAAGUCGGACUCUAAAAUAUGGAGAAGUAUUCCCAGACUUUUCUAGGAUUUUUUUUCAAGCUAAAUUUUAACGUCUUUGCUAAUGGAUCCGGUCUAAUGUCGUUUGAUCAUCUAUUCUAUCUUCAUUUAUGCAUUUCUAUUACGUAAAUAUUUAAGGGGAACUCGUGUAUUAUAUUUUAGUGAUUUUUCAAUAAAAAUAGCCAUUAU